AUGCUGCCCACUUGGAUCCAGAAUGGACGACCAGUGACGGUUCGCGUCGCCGGUCGCCCAAUUACGAUCCACGCCCUUCCUCUUGUUCUCAUCGUCCUCGGACUGGUAUACCUCGUGUACCCCUCAAAAGCCCCAUCGUACGGCUAUCUGCCUCGACAGAACACAGACGAUACAUUAUGGGGUCUGCAUCGCACCAAGUCGCCGUUCCUCGUGCCGCCACGCGACAUCUUGCCCUUCCAUCACAAGCUCCCCCAAAUACCUGACAACUUCCCCGAGCCUGUCAAGCCCAAAACGUCGGGAAUGCGCGUGCCCAACUCGGUCCACUAUGUGUUCGGCUUCAAGGAUGUGGCAGAGGGCCAGAGCCCCGACGAGCUGCCGUACUAUGCCUACCUCGGCAUGCGCAGUGCCCUGCUCAACCUCCGCCCUACCAAGAUGUACUUCCACUACAAGCACCUCCCCACCGGACCGUGGUGGGAGCUCAUCAAGCCCCAUCUGACUUUGCGAGAGAUGGACCCGCCCGAGGAGAUCUUUGGGCACAAGAUCCACAAGUUUGCUCACAAGGCCGAUGUCGCGCGCAUGUACGCCAUGAAGCGCUCGGGCGGCAUCUACCUGGACAUUGACAUGUUUGUCGUCAAGCCAUUUGACGACUUGCUGUACUACCCUACUACGCUGGGUAUGGAGCUUGCGACCGACUCGAGCCGGUCCCCCUUGGACCCACAGGGUCUUUGCAACGCGGUGAUCAUCGCCGAGCCCGACUCGCCGUUUGUCGACCGCUGGAUUGCGGCGUACGAGUCGUUUGACCCCGAUGACUGGGCGUACCACAGUGUCGCCAAGCCGUGGCAGCUUGCGCGCGAGCACCCCGAGGAGAUCCAGGUGCUGAACGCGACCGCCUUCUUCUGGCCCAUGUGGCACGGUAACGAGGUCGAGAAGGUCCACGAGCGCGACGAGUACGACUUUAUCCGCAGCGGCCAGUACGCUUACCACGCCUGGGAGUCGCUGGCGAUGAAGUACCUCCGCGAGCUGUCGCCUCAUUCCAUCCGCACCGAGGACACGAGUUUCCACCGCCUUGUGCGGCCAUUCAUCGGUCCCGAGGACGACGAGACGUACCGCAAGUGGAAGCAGGGUGAGAAGUAG